AUGGAAAUUGGCCGUUCUACAGCUUGUGAAAUUGUUAGUAGUGUUUGCGAGGCUAUAACCUGUCAUCUUUUGUCAAGAUAUUUAAGUAUUCCUAUUGAUGAGGUACAAGUACAAGAAAUUAUGGAGGAGUUUGAGGGAAAAACGGGGUUCACCCAGGUAAGUGGGGCAAUAGAUGGUUGCCAUAUACCAAGUAUUUGUCCAAAAGAUGAUCCAGAAGAUUAUCACUUAUGUUUUUGGAAUAUCAAUGUUUCUUGGCCAGGACAUGUCCAUGACGUGCAAGUUUUAACAAAGUCUGCCCUUGAUCUGAAAGCCCAAAGCCAAACAAGGAUAGUAGUGGAAAACAGUUUUGGUAGACUGAAGGGUCAGUGGCGUUGCCUCCUCAAAAGGCUAGAUUGCAAGACUGACAGAGUGCCAGUAAUGGUGGGUGCAUGCUGUGUUAUUCACAAUACUUUUGAAAUCAACAACGAAGAAUUGAAUGAAGACUUGCUAGAUAAUAAAAAUCUGCAGCUUGUCAAACUCGCUCCUGCGAGGAUGGCAGACGAAAGACAGGCAGUGGCUAUUAGGAAUGCCCUCUGUGAUAGUUUCUGA